GAAAGACCCGCCCCGCGGCGCUGUCGCUCGCGCUGGAAGAAGCGGAAGAAGAUGGCGCUCACCAGCUUUUUACCUGCACCUACUCAGCUCUCUCAGGACCAACUUGAAGCUGAAGAGAAGGCAAGAUCUCAGAGGUCACGGCAGACCUCCCUGGUCUCGUCCCGCAGAGAACCUCCCCCAUAUGGGUACCGGAAAGGCUGGAUACCUCGAUUGUUAGAGGAUUUUGGAGAUGGAGGUGCUUUUCCAGAGAUCCAUGUGGCCCAGUAUCCACUGGAUAUGGGACGAAAGAAAAAAAUGUCAAAUGCACUGGCCAUUCAGGUAGAUCCUGAAGGAAAAAUUAAAUAUGAUGCAAUUGCUCGACAAGGACAGUCAAAAGACAAGGUCAUUUAUAGCAAAUAUACUGACCUGGUUCCAAAGGAGGUUAUGAAUGCAGAUGAUCCAGACUUGCAAAGACCUGAUGAAGAAGCUAUUAAAGAGAUAACAGAAAAAACAAGGGUAGCCUUAGAGAAGUCUGUAUCACAGAAGGUUGCUGCAGCUAUGCCAGUUAGAGCAGCUGAUAAACUGGCCCCUGCUCAGUAUAUCCGAUAUACACCGUCUCAACAAGGAGUGGCAUUUAACUCUGGAGCUAAACAGAGGGUUAUUCGGAUGGUAGAAAUGCAGAAAGAUCCAAUGGAGCCUCCAAGGUUCAAGAUCAAUAAGAAAAUUCCCCGGGGACCACCUUCUCCUCCUGCACCUGUCAUGCAUUCUCCAAGUCGAAAGAUGACUGUAAAGGAACAACAAGAGUGGAAGAUUCCUCCUUGUAUUUCCAACUGGAAAAAUGCGAAGGGUUAUACAAUUCCAUUAGAUAAGCGUCUGGCUGCUGAUGGGAGAGGACUUCAGACAGUACACAUAAAUGAAAAUUUUGCAAAACUGGCUGAAGCUCUCUAUAUUGCUGAUCGGAAGGCUCGGGAAGCUGUGGAAACACGUGCCCAAGUGGAAAGAAAGAUGGCUCAAAAAGAAAAAGAGAAACAUGAAGAGAAACUUAGAGAGAUGGCCCAAAAAGCCAGGGAGAGGAGAGCUGGGAUCAAAACCCAUGUGGAAAAAGAGGAUGGGGAGGCACGUGAGAGGGAUGAGAUCCGGCAUGAUAGGCGAAAAGAGAGACAGCAUGACCGGAAUCUCUCCAGGGCAGCUCCUGAUAAGAGAUCAAAACUGCAGAGAAAUGAAAAUCGAGAUAUCAGUGAAGUGAUUGCUCUUGGUGUACCCAAUCCUCGAACCUCAAAUGAAGUUCAGUAUGACCAAAGGCUCUUCAACCAGUCCAAGGGUAUGGACAGUGGAUUUGCAGGUGGAGAGGAUGAAAUUUACAAUGUUUAUGAUCAAGCCUGGAGAGGUGGUAAAGACAUGGCCCAGAGUAUCUAUAGGCCUAGUAAAAAUCUGGACAAGGACAUGUAUGGUGAUGACCUAGAAGCCAGAAUAAAAACCAACAGGUUUGUUCCGGACAAAGAGUUUUCUGGUUCAGACCGCAGGCAGAGAGGACGGGAAGGACCAGUUCAGUUUGAGGAAGAUCCUUUUGGUUUGGACAAGUUUUUGGAAGAAGCUAAACAGCACGGUGGCUCUAAAAGACCCUCAGAUAGCAGCCGACCCAAGGAACAUGAGCAUGAAGGCAAGAAGAGGAGGAAGGAAUAAGAUACUCCUCUUUUCCCACUCAAUGAACUUUGUCCAUAACCCCAAUGAUAGGAGUCUUGGGGGCCAAUACAGUUUGUAAACGAUCAGGAUAAAAACCAAAUCUGGGUGCCAGAUCCCAGUGCUACUUUUUAUUAAGAGAGAUGGGGGAUUGAAAAUGCUACUUUGAAUUACUUCCUUUUUUUAAAAGAGUGGGCUGUGUUUGUGCUUUUCCCACCUUUUGGCACUUAGGGAAUAUACUUGGCCCCACCCCACAUACACAGUCAAGACCACUUCCUUUUAUGUAAUGUCAGUAGUCUGGGGGUACUAUUUUGUCUAAGAAUGACUGUUUAUCAGUGAAGUUGCCUCAAUCACAAUGAGGGUGUUCACAUUUUGGAAAUGUGCUAGCAAGUGAAUUUUCCCCCUACUGUGCUGUUUUACUUUGGAGUGGGGAAAAUAAGGUCUUGUUUAGUGCAACUAUUUGUUUCCAAUAAACACAUUUAGAAAAAAUUGUUAUUUGCUUUA